AUGACGCCCGUGCCCCGCUCGGCGGCUGUGGGCCCGCUGCCUCGGCCCGGCUCGGGCCCCACGGCGCACGUGCACACGUACUCCCGAGGGAAGUCGCUCAGCCGGCGCGGCAAGCACCCGGCAGGACCGGAGUUCUCCAACCGCCAUCAGACGAACAAGAUGGUGAAGGAGCUCAGUCACGUGAUCUCGUGUUUCCGUCACCUGGCGGUGGGCCUGGGCUCGGCCGGCGACGGGCGCCAGCUGCGCUCCGACCUGACCUGCCUGCGCCUGCUCAUCAGUCACCUGGUGAAGGUCAUACGGGUCACGCUGGAGGCACACACCAGGAAAUGGGUGCUGUACAAAGAGUCGGAUAGGAGGGAACUGGUAAGAAUCAGCAACAUCUUCUACAGCUGCGUCACCAUAUUCACCCAGGACAUGAGGCGUUCGCUCGAGCUGCACACGAUCUUCGUCAUCGGCGGCACCGCGCACGCCGGCUUCAUCAACACCGGCGUCAGCGGCUACCACAGCUUCAUGCUCUCCGAGCGCGAGUUCGGCGAGCAGAGCGAGGACGCCGACGACGUCAACAACGUCCAGAUCCAGAACACCAUAAAGGACAUGGACAUCAUCAGGGAGGAAAUCAAGAACCUGCCCUGGUACACCGUGACCUGGUCGCCGGAGCAGGCCAACAACUUGUCCGGUCACGACGCAGUCUCAAUAGAGGAGGAUCAGGUCCUGCUGUUUCCGGGUGCCGCCGGCUCGCCUUGGUUUCUGAUGUUCUUGAUCGCCUCCAUUUUCCUGGUGGUUGCCUCGGUGCUGACAUACACGCUGGUACUGUUUUUGCACUGA